CUAGUAGUUAAUAUUUCUCUCAAGGACUCUUAUUGCCAAUAAUACAUUGGUGUUCUGAUCCUAAGCAUAGCUACCGGUAAUUGGAAAAAAAUCAGAAUUGUGAUUCCUACUUCUAAAUAGUAUUCUUAGGAUGCCAGCCUAGUUCUUAAAAUUUAUGAAAAAAGUGAUAAUAAUUACUAAUCUCAUUUCUUUUUUUCUUGUGGUUUUCAGAAAUAGAUGAAGACGAUGAAACAGAUCAAGAUAUCUUUGAUAUCAAUGCAGCUUUAGGACUUGACCUGUUUGAGGGUGAUAUCAGACUUGAUAAUGGGAGACCUGAACGAAACUCUAUCAUUGGCAGUCAGUAUCGAUGGCCUCACACCAUUCCAUAUGUCCUUGAAGACAGCCUAGAUUUGAAUGCAAAGGGGCUGAUCCUGGAAGCAUUUGAACGGUAUAGAUUAAAAACCUGUAUUGAUUUCAAACCCUGGGAAGGCGAAGCAAAUUACAUAUCCGUGUUCAAAGGGAGUGGCUGCUGGUCUUAUGUAGGGAACCGCCACACUGGGAGGCAAGAACUCUCCAUAGGAAACAACUGUGACAGGAUUGCAACAAUUGAGCAUGAAUUCCUUCAUGCAUUGGGAUUUUGGCAUGAGCAGUCACGAUCAGAUCGAGAUGAUUAUGUCACAAUAAUGAGAGAUAGAAUUCAAGCAGGCAAAGAAAGUAAUUUCAAUAAGUAUGAUGAUAAAACAUCCGAUUUCCUUAACGUCCCAUAUGACUACACCUCAGUCAUGCACUACAGUAAAACUGCCUUCAUGAAUGGGACCGAACCAACUAUAGUCACAAACAUCCCAGCUUUCAUUGAUGUGAUUGGACAGCGAAUGGAUUUUAGUGACUCUGAUGUCCUGAAGCUGAGUCGACUAUACAACUGCUCUUCCUCAUUAAGCUUUAUGGGUACAUGCAGUUUUGAACUUGCCAAUGUGUGUGGCAUGAUUCAGAGUUCAAAUGAUAAUGCUGACUGGCAGCGCAUAACUGAAAUUUCUAGUGGACCACAAAUGGACCAUACAUACGCAGGAGUCUGUCAAGAAACUGGUUAUUUUCUACAUUUUGACACUAGAAGUGGCAACCAGGGAGACCAAGCCAUUUUGGAGAGCCGUUUUCUGUACCCAAAGAGAGGGUUCCAGUGCUUGCAGUUCUUUUAUUAUAACAGCGGAAGUGAAACAGAUGAGCUGAAUAUUGGAGUUAAGGAGUACACCGAUGCAAAUCCCAAUGGCACUUACAGACUUAUAGAAACAAUACAAGGUCUACCUGUGAACUAUUGGCAGUUGCAUCACAUUUCUUUAACUAUGUCAAGUAAAUCCAGAGUAGUUUUUGAAGGCAUAAAGGGAUCCACAGCAUCGAAUGGAGGCCUUUCUAUUGAUGAUGUCAACCUCUCUGAAACCCGAUGCCCACACCAUGUUUGGCAUAUAAGAAAUUUCACUGAGCUUCUUUCUUCAAGCCCUUUAGGAGAAGCAGGAAGCCUCUAUAGCCCGCCAUUUUACUCUCCUGAAGGGUAUGCAUUUCAGAUUGCCUUGUAUGUGAAUGGUAGCAGUAGUCCAUUUAAUUUAGCAAUAUAUGUUCACCUGAUCUCUGGGGAAAAUGACAACCAACUCCAGUGGCCUUGUGCAUGGAAACAAAUCACAAUGGUUCUUCUUGAUCAACAUCCAGAUAUCACGCAACGUAUGUCAAAUCUAAGGAGUAUAACAACAGACCCAAAUAAAGUAGAAUCCUCUGGCCUUUAUUCCUGGGACAGACCAGAUAAAGUAGGAACAGAAGCCACCUUUCCAAAUGGCACUAAGUUCAUGAGGGGUCCCAGGUCUGGAACAAAUGCCUUUCUAACACAUGAAAGGCUUAAAAGUCGUGGCUUUAUUAAAGACGAUAGUAUUUUCAUUCUUGCAACAGUGGAUGAUAUAUCACAUUUAAUAUCAACACAACCAAAUUUCACAAUCACCAAUGCUCCGACCACAACCACCGUGGCUGAUCCAUGCAGUGCUUAUGGCUGUAAGAAUAACGGAACUUGCAUUAUUGAGGCGGGAAAGCCUGUUUGCAGAUGCCCUGUUGGGAAGGACUGGUGGUAUGUGGGAGAAAAAUGUGAUGAAAAAGGAACAAUGCAAGACACUGCUGUAAUAGCAGUUGCCUCAUCUCUUAGUGUGUUUGGUGUCAUGUUGAUCAUCACAAUUAUAACUACCUGCUGUAUUAAAAAGAAAUACAAGGAAAAAAUGCAAGCCAGUAGAAAUUUGGAAUUAGGAAAAACAUCUUUUUGAAGACCGUAAAACUCUGGAAAGCAAAGCAUUCCGAAUAAUCUGCCGGAUACUACAAGGAUACCUCAUUCAAAACAUCACGUUCAACACAAUUUUUUGACCAAUUGAAAAAGCAUUAUGUCAUUUACAUGUAUCGUAGCAAAAGGAAAUUAUCAACAUGCGAAUCUCUUCUUUUUCCUAGUCAACUUUUAAAAAUGCAUAAUAUGGACAUGAGAACAGUGGCCGAUGCAAGUAUGUGGCAAAGUAAUUUAUCCAGCAGAGAAGGUGAAAUGGAUGAACCUAAUGGAUCGGCAUUUGUAAGAUGGAUCUGAUAUGAUUUUUCCUACUAUAUAACAAACACUGAUCUAGGAUCCCAAUUUCCAAUGGCUCUCCCUUAAAUCUUCAAACUGCUGUUUGAAAACCCUGUGACUGUAGGGGUAAAUUGUUUGGGGAAAAACCAUUCAGUUACCUAAAUGAUGAAGCGCCCCAAUUUUUUUCUCCCAGUUAGGUAACUAAAACCUUUGUAAAGGAUAAAGUACCUAUUUCUAGGCUACAUUAUAGCGUGUGUGCUAGAAGAUGAUAGCAUGACUAGCAUUAUCUUUUAUUACCUUGCUAACACUGUUGUGCAAAUGAUAAGAGAUAAUAAAAAACAGCAAUGCACUGCAAGAGUCAUAUGCUCUUAUACACGAGGAUAUGAAUAUCUACCUUCCUUUAUUAAAUAUUCCACUGUGAAGAUCUUUUACUAUCUUCAGGGACUAUACAUACAUACAUACAUACAUACAUACAUACAUACAUACAUACAUAUCUCCUACUGAAAAAAAUCUUAACAGCAAUAGUGCAUUUAAUACUCAUGUUUGUUGGGUAUGAUGGGAGUUUUAGACAAAUAUCUGAUGUAAAGGGUCUAUUUCACAAAAUCUGGGAAACUGUACUUUGCCUCUUGGAAAAGAGAACCUACUUACAAUGUCAUUGGACACUGGAUGAAUUGCAUGUCAUAAAUACACAGAUACAUGUCAUAUACUACCAUGAGUGGAAAUAAAGACAUUUGCAAUCAGUGCUUGUAUCCUUGUAGAGAGACACCAAGUAACAAGACGGAGAUACGCAUGCUUAUUGAAUACUAGUUGAAUACAUCUUAGAUUGAUUUGUUUAGGUUGUGCUCUAAUAGGACAGCUGGAACCUACAGUUCAAGAGCAUGGCUCCCAGCCCUAUUCUAUAUUAAGAAUAUAGUGCCUCAUUAAAAGCCAAAUUCUUGACA